UAUAUCCUGAGAAUCGAGAAAUAAAUAAGCCAAGCAUGUUGGUGAUCAAGUUUGCAAAAGAAUCAAAGGAAACAGUAUUAAAUGCAUUCAUCUUCAAAUCUACCCAUCAUCUACCCCCAACCAUCCACUCAAAUGGCAGCCACCACACCACACUCACACCUCUCCUCCUCCUCCCCAUGUCCACCUUCCCUUUCUACACUCCCCCCACCACCCCACCCGACCCGCCCUCCCCAACCCGACCCGACAUUACCCACAUCCGUCUCCGCUACGCCACCGUUUUGUCCCUCGCCUUUCUCCUCAUCCUCGCUCUCAUCCUCCUCUGCUACCUCCUCUUCCGAAUUUCUCGCCGCCGCCCUAACCCUAACCCUAAUUUCAUCACUACUGACAACGGCAUUACGCUCCCGCGCUCAAUCUUCGUUGAUGACGAGGAAGCGGAUGAGCAGAACGGCGUCGUGGGACUCGAUCAGGCGGUGAUCGAUUCGUACCCGAAGGUGAAAUUCGUGAGAGGAGGCGAUUGCGGGGAUUCAGUAUGCGCAAUAUGCUUGUGCGAGUACAAGGAAGGGGAGAUGCUGAGAAUGUUGCCUGAUUGUAAGCACUGGUUUCACUUGAAGUGUGUUGAUGAGUGGCUGAAGCUGAAUGCUUCGUGUCCUGUUUGUCGGAACUCGCCUCUGCCGACUCCUCUGUCGACGCCGUUGUCCGAGGUGGUUCCGCUGUCUCUAUAUACUGAUGGUCGGAAUCGGAGGAGGUGAUGCUUGCUCAAUUGUGUAGGAACGGAACUGUUUAGUGGCUUAGCUGUGUGCUUGUGUUUAUAAGAAUAUUGAUAUCGAGAAAUAGAAUUUUGUGAAUUUUUUUUUU